CGCCUUUCUUUCUCUUUCCCCACCAAAUUUCCCUUUUUUUUUUUUUUUUCCUUUUUCUUUUUCUCUCUCUCUCUCUCUCUCGCUUUCCGAUUCCCCUUUUUUUCCCCUCUCGCUUUCCGGCCAAGAUUGCUCGCUUGCUUGCUCGCUCGCUCCGCCGAAGAAUCUCCCCUCUCGCAACUGUAGAAGAAUGUGGCUAGCAUGCGUAUGGGAAGAGAAAGAGCAAGAGCUCGGAAGGCAACAAGCGCCAGGAACAUGUCCUUUCUGUCAAGGAAAAGUGUACGCCAUUGAUGUGGAAAGACAAUGGAAGCUCUGUUUCCUUCCUCUCUGUCUCAAGAUCAAGAGGAAGUAUCUCUGUACUCUCUGUUCUCGCCGCCUCGAAUUGUGCCACUGGUAGUACUAAUUAAUUAAAAUCUAAAAGAAAUUAAAUUAGGUCGUCGUCUCGAUCGGUUUUCUUCAUCCAUCGAUUAAUCGUCUAAUUAUUGGAACCGCUACUAGUAAAAUUAAUGUGUGGCUGUUCUUCCUUCAAGUGUUUGAUUGAAUUUUGAUGAAACUGAUCGGGAUCAGGAUUUAUUGGAUCUGAAUCGAACUUAGAUGGAUAUAUAUAUAUAUAUAUAUAUAUAUAUAUCUCUAAUCUUGUUUUUGUACAGUAAAAUGUUAAAAAGUUGUAGAUAAGAGGAAGAGGAAGAGGAAGAGGAAGAGGAAGAGGAAGAGGAAGACACUUCACUUCGGCCUUUCUAUAGUAAUUGAAAUCUUGGUUCAUCUUCUUGUUCUAUGCUUUAAUGUGUUGAAUGGAUUUGCCAUUGCAUGUGGUUGCUUUUA